AUGACGAUGACCUCGAGAUUGCGUCGUCUAGCUUCCGGAAGAUUCGUGCCGUCGAUAGAGACACAGCAAAGAAGGAAAGACUUCGUCUGCCGUUCUUGCUCGUGCGUCGUUGAAGAAAAGAAAAAGAAAAAUUAUAAAUUCUUUUCUUCCAACCACCUUCUUCGAGGAGAGGAACAUCAUCGGUUGGACCAACUUCUGAACAGAUUCAUAAACCACGAACAAAAAGGCGUCCCGUCUAAAGCAGGAACGGACGAAGAUGCGAACGAUGUGUUCGAUAUGAAGCGAAUGCGCGUUUUCUUGAAACUUUUGGGCGACCCGCACAAAGGGAAGACGUAUAAAACCAUUCACGUCGGCGGCACGAAAGGCAAAGGCACUCAAAUCGCUCUGCUCUCUUCGUGCUUAACGAAAGCUGGGUAUACGAUAGGGACGUAUAAGUCCCCACACGUGCACACGUUCGCGGAACGAAUACGAGUGAACGGACGAUAUAACGACAAAGAAUUGAGCGAGUUAUUCGAACAGAUUUGGAAGAAGAGGACGGAUUUAGAAACAAACGAUGAUGUUCAAAAGGAAGAAGACGACGCGUUAAAACAGUUGACGCACUUCGAAGUUCUAACGGCGUUGGCGUUAAAGUAUUUCGAACAGAAAAACGUAGACAUAGCUUUAGUUGAAGUUGGAUUAGGUGGCGUACGGGACGCGACGAACGUGUUUGACGAAAAUUCGUUGGAGUGUGCGAUACUGACGCACAUUGGCGAGGAACAUUUGGAGGCGCUCGGAGGAAGCAUAGAGUCCAUCGUGCGAGCGAAAACCGGUAUUUGUAAACCGUCGAGACCGACAUUCAUCGGACACCAAAACGAUCGGAAAGUGGACCAAUUAAUCCGCGAGGGAGUUCAUAAUCAAGGUGGUGGUGUGAUCGUCGAAAACAACGCGAAGGUACGUUUAGUAGAUAUCAAUGACGAUGGUGGGACUUUGAAACAAAGAGUCUCCGUAGUAGCGAGCGUUCCAAAAGGAGAAAAAGAAGAAGAGUUUCAGAGCAGAUCCAUCAUAAAUCUUCCGUUACUCGGUCCACACCAGAGAGAAAACGCCGAGUUAGCUCUGAGCGUCUUAUCGCACAUGAUGACGACGACAAAAACAACAACAGGGAAGACGUGGGACAAACUCACGUGGGAAAGUAUUCGCGAAGGUUUCGAAGCGUGUUCCUCGGUUUCAUCGCCUGGAAAUUUCGAGAUUCUCCGACGACCGCGAAGAAAAAGUUCAGAAACGGGUACGUCGCAAGAUGAUAAUCAUAACCAUAAAAAUGAUGACGACUACGUCACAAUCGUCGCCGAUGGCGCGCACACGGAAGAAUCAGCCGUGUGUUUGAGAAAAACGCUCCUCGAGGUCUUCCCGAACGAACCGAUAGUGUUUGUCCUCGCCAUGGCGUCGGAUAAAAACCACUCCGGGAUAUCGAAAGCUUUAGCCGCGACGCCUUCGAUGGUUGAGAUGAUCGCCACAAAAGUAGACGUGGCUGGGAAAGAUUUGCGAUCGACUGCGCCGGAAGUGAUCGCGCAGAGCGAACAUUUCAAAGGAGUUGUCGUUCAGGAUUUUUCCUCGGCUAUGAAAUACGCGAAAGAUGUUUUAACGAGAAAGAAUAACGGCAGAGGCGUAGUGUGCGUCUCUGGAAGUUUGCACUCGGUCACGCGAGCGAAAAGAGAAGCGCAUUUGUAG